AUGACUUCUAGGUGCCAAAAUGUUUCAGUUGGUCAGGAACAGCUGCAAGGGAAGGCUGUGUCUGGCAUUGAAGAUGUUGGAGAGGCCUUCAUGCGUCUUGAGAAGGCUAAUUGGAACCUUUCAGAUGCAUAUACGUCGAUGCAAGCUGUUCCAUUUCUUCACAAUGCUGGCUUCCCUUCAAGUCAUGAGGUUGUAGACUUAGACAGCCCAGGGGAUCUUCCAAGUCCAUUACUUCCAUCGGUAAUCCCCAUUUCUACAAACCAUACUGAAGCUGUUGCACCUGCUGGUGCCAGUACCAGCACUGAUCCAGAAGAAGUUCUGCAUAUUAACAUAAAUGUCCUCAUGGGUGGCUUGAGUGGUAGUGGUCUCUUCCCACUUGAAGUGCCCAAAACAACGACAGUUGGUGAACUGAAAUCAACUCUAUAUCAGCUACUUGGCAUUCUACCGUGCAAGCAGGUUCUACUUGGGUUCACAGAAGAUGUCACUGAUGUCACUCUGGUGACCUCCAAAAUACUGGGGCCUGACCACACACUCAGCCUGGACACUACUACUCCUGACACAGCUGUUAUCCAGACAAGAUCAACAGCUUCCAGUGUACCAGAAGUGAUGGAAAUUGGGGAGAGUUCAAAAGCUCCUGCAUCAGUACACUCAUUUUCCAACGACUUGCAUGAUUUACCAGGAUCCUCUGUUGGGCGUUCUGCCUUUACUAGAUUUGAGAAAAAUACUUUUAGGCCUUUUAGUAACCAUAGCCGACCUAGUAGUAGUUCUUAUACUAGCUUUACUAGUGCUAUUGAGCCGCCUUCUGGGAAGGCCUGUUCUUCUUCAUCAUCUUUUAGCACCAAAGAAUUAAAUUCUUCUUUUAAUCACAGCAGAAUUAAAAAAUCUACAACACAUGGGGAUUCAGAAAGUAAAUUCAGCAAUAAAUCUAGCAAUAGGAAAUGUGUCAAGUCAGACUCUGACUCAGAUGAUACAUCUGAUCGGCAAUCCAAAAAUUUCUCUUCAUCUUCUGGUAGGUCUUCUAGGGAGAAAAAGCUUUUCAUUUUGCACAUCAAAGACACUACCAACAACAAGGAGUAUCAGCUCUCCUUUCAAGGACACAAAACAGUGGGACAAGUGAAACAAGACGUGUUCGACAUCACUGACAUCCACGUCCAUCGUCAGAAAUGGAUUGGAUGGCCUAGUGGCAUCUCAGAUGGGUCCACCUUGUCACGGAGCGGAGUUGGCCAAACAGCUGAGCUAUCAGUGAGCCGAGGGUCUCCAGCGGCUGUUCGGGCUGCGGGGACUGCAGACAAAAAAACGAGUGCUGAAGCCGUAGAUUCUGAUAGCGGCUCCGAUGAUUUCGAGGACGCGGCUGGGCUUUUGCCCGACGAAGAUGAUGACUCGUUUUUGGAGAUGAUGGACUCGAGCGCCAUGGAGACAAAGUCAAAAUCUUUAUUGCCUGCUGGAUUUAGUGGCGGAGAAGUGCAGUGCGUUGAACAUUUCGCCAAGGAGUUUGGCAACCGCUAUGGCUGUUCUCUGGCACCGCUCUUCUUCCAAGGACCUCUUAAAGAAGCCAUGGACCAAAGUGUCAUGCUACCUGCAGCUCAGCGGCGCAUGUUGGCCAUCUACAUUCAUCACGACGGCUCAGUGCUGGCCAAUGUCUUCUGCUCCGAGAUCCUCUGCCAGAGCGCCACCGUGUCUUUCUUGGCAGACAAUUUCGUGCUCUGGGGCUGGGAUAUAUCGCAUCCCCAGCACCGCGAUAGGCUGGUCAGUAUAAUAUCUUCUGGGAUCGGGAGCGCCGCAGGUAUCACAGUGCGAGGUUUUGGCAUCGAGCAGCUGCCUGCCCUGAUGCUCCUCACGAGGUCCAGGGGAAGCUGUGAAGUGCUCAGCGUCAUUUAUGCUUGUAACUCAUCGCUGGACGAGCUGGUGACGUCCCUGAUGGAGGCAGUGGAUGUCUUCGAAGGCACUCGUCAGGCCGAGGUCACCGAGGACGUGCAGAGACUCUCACGGCAGGCGAUAAUGGACGAUCAAGACGCCGCUUAUCAGGAAAGCCUUAGGGCUGACAGAGCCAAGGCUGAGGCUAAACGACAACAAGAGGAGGACGAGCAGCGUGAACAGCAACGUCAGGAGUGCAUCAGGCAGCAUGAGCAGCAGAUAACGGAGAAAUUACGAGCGAGUUUGGAGAGCACUCUUCCCCCAGAGCCGUCGGACCACAACUCCGCUGACGUGACUGUGAUGAGGUUCAGACAUCCUGGCACAGAUCAGUUCAUUAGAGCCUUCACCCUGGACACUGCACUGCAGGUGGUGCUCAACUACCUACACGUUCAAGGCUUCCCUGCGGACCAAUACAAGUUCCUACAGUCAUGGCCUCGUCGGGACUUGGCGAGCCUCAACGUCUCGAAGUCCCUCAGGGAGUUCUCGAUUCCCCACCAAGAAACCAUCACCAUUGAGGAACGUUAACUUGUUUCGUUGCGAACAAGACAUUGAUUUAGUUAAAUUCGUAUUUAAUUAAAACUGCUUCACGGUGUAUCUUGUUGGUCACUACUCAUAAUUCAUUUAAAAAUGGUACCCAGGAUCAUACAACAACGGAAACACUCGCUCGCUUGAGAAGUUCAGAAAAUAUUGGCUGCGUUGCUAUGAAACAGAGAGAUUAUUUAGAGAGAGCCAAUAGUGCUUUUUAGUCCAUUUGGUGGAGCGAUUGUGUGAUGUGAGUUCGCCAGCAGUCUGAAGUUGUAGACUUUCUGCUACUUAUGUUGAAGCAUUAUAAAAUGCUCAGGAAAUUAUUUUAGCAUUGUGGCAAUUGUGUACAAUGCCUAUAAGUCACACACAAUGUAAGUAAUAAUGAAUAUUUUAUCAGCAAAAAACCACCAGACGUUUAAGAAAGUUCCUCUUGCUCCGGGAAUACGAAGUCCAAUUGUCUACAACACGAGUUUUAGUUGAAGUAUUCGUAUAUUUUACGUCAUAUUUUGAAGCACGAGUCCAUCACUUACAUUUCAAUUUGGUCUCUUAUGUCAGAGCCAUGCACUGGAUUUAAAGCACCACUCAACGCAAUAUACUCAAGUAAUUUGUCUUAUUUAUCAUCAGAUUGAAACAACACCGCGUGUGUCUUGGAACCUGGCUGGCAUCUUUUAUCCGAUGUUGUUGUCAAUGGAAGAAAACUAAGUCCCAAAAGUUAAAUUAUGAUCAUUGUUGAGUAGUUCAGUGGCUUCCUAACACGUUUUCAAAUUUAAAUAAAAGGUAGUGCUGAUUAGCUAUCAACAUUUGUGUCUGUGAGGUAAAGGGACGAUACUAACUGUGAAGAGUUUCUUCAGAAAUCAAUUUAAGGUUUCAUACAAGCCAGUUCAGGGUUUGUUGUAGAAGCUAGGGCUCUUACAUACUUACGCUGUCUCUGCCCUUAUAAUCUAGUGUCCCGUACGUGCAAAAAUUUACCUCUUAUGUGCAAUGUCGGUUCUCUCAUACUCGUAAUUAAUCGUAACAAAGGCGCAUAAAUUGACAUUGGUGAAAGGAAUGACUUGAUAUAUUGUACCAUUCACCGAAAGUCAUGUGUUAAGUUUUUUUUUUUUUUUGAUAGAUUGUAUCACCGACUUGAGUAAGUGUUUGGCGAAAAAUUCAGGAACAAGGAAGAACAAACAUCGCAAGCCCUUGAAGAAUCAUUCACUUCGAUGUUCAUCUGAUAAUUUACACUCUUUGAGCUAGCUUGAUUUUGAUGUGCAACUAAAUGCUUGUAGCUAACCUUGGACGCAAAUGUGGACUCCGGGUAAGAUCCAUUUAUUUUGUUUGGCGGACUUUGGAACCAUUGAAUUUUGUGACUUUCAGCAAAUAGUUUUCGUGUAAAUGUUCAGGCCUUCAAUGCGGUCUCUUCUGAAUUCUCUUGACGUAUUGUUUGAGGUCGUUUUUUAUGUUCUCCUCGUUAACCGUCUGGUUCACGAAACAGGUUCCUGUAGUCGAGGUCCAACUGCUUUGGAUAACGAAGAAAUGUUAGUUGCGGUACGAAUUUGAACUCACAAUUGAACUUACGAUUCCUAACUCACAAUCUGUGCGGUACGUGCUUGUGGAAUUUGAGUUGAUUUAAAAUUAUUAUUUAUCCCUGGUUAACUUGAUUCAUUGAAGUGCUAUUAAGUAGCCACGACAAAGAAAUAAUUAUUUUCGUCUAAAUUCACAAUGUCUUGGGCGUGAUCAGGAACAACAGUUGAAAUUCUGAUGGCUUUAGCAACGAAUGAAUUUCAGUUGUCCGCAAAGUUGAGUCUGCUAGACUUAAGGUUGCAACCGGAACUUGAUGCUGUUGAGACUUGAUUAUUCAGAUGAAGGGACUUGUCUUUGUCGUUUUCAUCGGUGGCGAUACCUAAUCGUUCUUGUCCUAGAGUUUUCUUUUUUGGUGACGGGGUCUCAACACUGGCGUCCCAGAGGAAUUUGUUUUUCGUUGGUUUGUGAUCUGGCAUUAACCCACUCGUUCUUUUUUUUUUUUUUUUUGAGUUGGGAUUUCAUGACUGUCAUUCAAAUAGCCUUGUGUUUACCAAAGACGUUAUCAGCUCACAUGCUUACGGAAUGGACUUAAUCUUCACAUAAUCAGUCAGCAUUAUUGUUCUUAAUCCAUUAAGCUUGUGCACGUGUGUGUUGCAAAUAUUAGCUGAUACUGUCAAUCUGCGCGCCUGGGUUUUUUAAAUUUUGGUUAUAUUGCGAUUGUGAGGAUAUAACUGUCAGGCAAGCUAAACCGAUUGAAAUAUAUUCCCGGUUAAUGUUUUUCUUAGGUGAAAAGACAGCGAUGUAGAAUACCAAAUCUAACGUCGUGCAGGAUUACUCAUUGUUCUUAGAAUAAGAGAAUGAGGUGGCAUAUGAUCUCUUUACUACUGACUUCGACGGAUGAUUUAAUCACAUCUCUCUACAAUGAUAACAGUGACAUGCGCUCGUUAUUAUUUUAUAAUGAAUCAUCUGUUGUUCAUUUACUUUCUUGCCGAAGGCAAUAUAACAAUUUUUGACGGAGUAUACAAUAACCGUAUUAAUGCUAACUUUGUAGGCUCUGCAGUCAAAAAGAAACGCAGCAUUUUGUUGUCUUAAGUCGUAAAAUUUAAAUUUGGAUUUCGGGGGACGGUGGAGGAGGUUUCAUCGCUGGCGACCAAGAGUCUGCAUCCUGGCCCAUCUUCCGUCUACUGGCGCUGGCGCGUGAUUCCAUGUGGCGUUGAUCAAUUCUCAUAGACUCGUGAUUUAUUGCUAAACUCUCCGACCUCUUAUGUGAAUGAAUUCUGGUUAGACUGAUUGGGCCAAUUUGAACCAUUUAUACAAGAGGCUAAUGUUGCAUUUUUUGUACUGAUGCUAUUUUAUCAUUUGCACCCAAUCCAUUCCCUAUCCUACGGAGUUUUUCAGAAAAUUUUGGUUGCAUUGAAUAGAGAUAAUUUUUUCGGAUUGACAGAACAUUGAAUUUUAUUGAAGGUAACAUUGUGGCGACAACACAUGUACAGGAUUCAAACUAAUUUCUAAUUUAACUUCAUUUCGUUAAAAAAAAUCUGUGUGUGCGAGUGUUUUUUAUGCUUUAAAGCCACUAACCUGAUACUGGCCACGUGAUUCGUGACGUAAACAACUGUUCCUCGGUUGGAAGAUUUCCAAAAACGAAUGAGUAUCCAUCAACAUACCGCGUCGCGUAACGUUGAAGUAAAGUGAUGACAUAUUCACACUCGAUUCGAUUAAUGUAGAGUUAUAGAUUUCAAGUAGACAUCGUUGUUCAACACUGAACUGUCGUCGAGAGGAAUUACAUUACAACUCGUCCUUUUGAAAUCUACAAAUAUCUUAAACUUGCCGAUAUGGUGGAUGUUAUUAAUUGAGUUCAAGUCUGAAGUGAAAAGCUUUGAUCUGAUCUCGGGAAAUUCGCCGUUGUGCAAUUCUUGAAGUAAAGAAUUGACGAGCCUGCUGUUAGUUUAUAUAAUUUGAGUACAUAUUCGUGGCUUUCAGACGACACUUUUUUUUAAUUCAGCUUUUGUGCGUAGCCGAGUAUACUUACCAUGUCCACGUAGUCCUUGAUUGUCCAUAUAAUAUUUUCGGUCAAAAUUACCAUAACAUUCAUAACAAUUAGUUCACAAAUUGCUAACAGAGCUAAUGGGGGAUUAUAUUAUAUUUAUUACGGUUGUAGAGUUCAGAAAGUGUACCCAGGAUCCAUUGUUACAUUGCAAGUAGGCAUGCCAUUAGUUGAUCGAUGCCUAUACACGGUGUAAUUCGAGCAGGUUUUUUAAUGCACAUAUGACGUGCUUCUUCUUCGUACUAGCAACAUUUUUUACCCCCUCUGCCGUUUUGUUGCGUGAGAUGCAAAUUCUCAGUUGUAUAUUCUAUGGAGAUGCCGUAGUAGUAUAGUACCUAGUUGCUCAUGUCUCUGGAAAACGGGAUUAAAUAAUAUAACCAAGA